AUGGCAACCUCGGGCCCUAAUGAGUCGGAGGAAAGCAUUUUUCACCUGUUAAAAAAGGCCGAUACAAAGGAGCUGGAAUCUCGAGAAAAGGCUAUCAAUGACCGGUUACAUCGCACAUUUCAGCUCGGGCAGCAGCGACUUGCAGAGCUAAUUGACCAAAACUCAACUCUGCCCACUACUGUGUCGUCAGUGACAGUCCUCGGAACCCAAAACACAAGACACGGUUUCCUUGGGGCUGUGGUGAAUCCUCUAUUGAGCGCCAACCGCGACCGACCAUAUACUCAAUCCGAGCUUAUACACGAAGUCGCAAGGACCGCCGAGAAGCUCAGGAAGUUUGGCAUCUAUCACGAUCCCGUCUCUGUCUACUUAGACAAGCCUUCCAAGACUGACCCGACAACCACGCCAACCGAUGUUGCCAUAUUCUACUCCGUGAAAGAGAAAAGCCGGAUAUUCGCAAAGACUGGAACGGACCUUGGCAAUGCGGAAGGGUCAGCAUACGCCAAUGUGCAAUGGAGGAAUGUAUUGGGCGGCGCAGAAACUCUUGACGUAAAUGCGUCCAUCGGCACGCGCACACGCUCAUCGUACCAAGCUACGUUCGAUACUCCCGUGCUGAGUAAUCCCGAUCUCCGGUUUCAGGUCGGCGGAUUGCAGAGUGCGACUCAGAAAAUCUUUGCCAGCCAUGAAGAAGUGCUGAAGGGAGGCUGGACUAAGUUACGAUGGCUGACUUCAGCGGGAUCUUUUCAUGAAAUAGGAUACAACGGUUUUUGGCGACAAGUGGCGGGGCUCGCAGAAAAUGCUUCACAAACCGUCAGGCACGAGGCAGGCGACUCUUUCAAGAGCAGCAUUUCACACUCGUGGAUGACCGAUCGAAGAGACAACUCCAUGCUACCCACCCGGGGUUAUUAUGCCAAAACAACGGCAGAGCUAGCAGGAUGGGGACCACUACAAGGUGAUGUGGCAUUCCUAAAAAGUGAAUUGGAGACCCAAUCGGCAUUAUCGAUACCAGUGCCGGGUAUAAAGGGCGACAGUGGCGUGAGCUUCACCGCUGGAUUUCGUGCAGGCCUCCUUUACCCUUUAACCUUAGGAUCGAAGCAGAACCCGGAAAUGUCGCGGAUUAAUGACCGGUUUCAGCUGGGUGGUCCUACAGAUGUUCGAGGCUUCAGAUUAUCGGGGUUGGGGCCCCAUGACGGUCUAGAUGCGGUGGGCGGUGACGUCUACGCAGCUGGGAGCGCGAAUCUCCUUUUCCCUCUCCCCAAGGUUGGAAAGGAUAAGCCUCUCCGAUUCCAGGCCUUCAUCAACGGUGGAAGGCUAUUGGCAAUAAGAAAUCCAGAAAAGGAGGGUCCGAUGACAAGCCAAGAAGCCAAGCAAAGUGUUGCAGAUGCUUUCUCAGAGAUGGGAAAUGGGCUACCGACAAUGUCAGCCGGUAUAGGGCUCGUUUACGCCCAUCCUGUGGCUCGAUUUGAGCUCAACUUUUCAUUACCGUUAGUUGUCCGGAAGCAGGAAGAGGCCAGGAAGGGGGUGUCUUUCGGCAUCGGCAUCAAUUUCCUGUAG